AUGGAUAAUUCCACUAGGUCAAACGAUGUCAUUUCAAUCAUUCAAAGGCCCUUACUGAGGCUUACUUCAACCUUGGGUGCUAAAUCGUAUGAUGGUAAUACAUCGUUCGCAGCAUGUUCCCACCCAGAUUUCUCGGAUCAACAAAUUGCUUCAAGGUUAUGA